UCCAGGCCACACUUCAGAGGAUGUACAUCCCAAGUUCAGACAGAAGCCUUCCAAGAGUUUCAUAAUGCUGCUUCUACAGAUGUGAAAGGUGUAGCAUUACUACUCCAUAAAAAUGUGCUGAGAGGCAGGAAACAUAUGGAGGACAAGAAGACUUUACAAAGCUUAGAUUUACUGGAACACUUCACAUUGUAUCAAGAUAAUCACCAGGGAGAUUUGUUCACAAAGAAGAAAGGCAGACUCUACAACAUAAAGAAUGGAGCGCCUUCCCGAUACAACCUGGCAGCUUCUCCAUUGCAGCUGGUAGCCAUGGCAUUUGAUGGAACCUGGAAAGUGGAGAAGAGUGAAAACUAUGAAAAGUUUAUGGAAGCAAUGGGUAUUAAUAUAGUGAAGAGAAAGCUAGGAGCCCAUGACAAUCUGAAGAUCACAAUCCAACAAGAAGGAAACAAGUUCACCAUCAAAGAGUCCAGCAAUUUCCGUACCAUAGAAAUAGUGUUCACUCUGGGAGAGAUCUUUGACUAUAGCUUGGCAGAUGGAACUGAACUCCAGGGUAACUGGGACUUGAAAGAAGGCAAACUGGCAGGCACAUUCAAACGGAAAGAUAAUGGGAAGGAGCUUAUAGCACUGAGAGAAAUUGUAGGAGAUGAAAUGGUACAGACAUACACCUAUGAAGGAGUUACAGCUAAGAGAAUCUUCAAGAAAGCCUAAAUAACAGCUGAGAACUGAAACCCGAUGGAAGAAUGGCUGUUCUCUGUUUAUAGAAACAGUACGUUUCCCAGCAAGCACAGAGCCAUUAGGUUCUGCUACUUUUGUCCACGUUCUACAACAAUUAAGAUUAUUUAUCUUUCAUGCCUAUGUCUGUUUGGAUAAAUGGAGUUGCUAAGGCUACAAGUAAUAUUUACCUUUUUAUAAAUGGAGAGGAAAAUAAACAUGGUUUCUACUCCGUUUUUUUCAGGAGACAUAU